AUGGCGUGGUCUCACCUCGACAUCACCAAGCCGCACUUGGUCUACAUCAUCCUCGGCGGCUUCACCUCCCUCUUCAUGCUCUGCUCCUCCUUCAUCAAGGAGCGCAUGUACAUUGGUGAAGCCACCGUCGCGACCCUGUGCGGCGUCAUCUUCGGCCCUCAUGCCGCCAACCUCAUCAACCCCAACGAGUGGGGGAGCGUCGACAUCGUCACCGUCGAGUUCUCCCGCAUCGUCCUCGUCGUCCAGUGCUUCGCCGUCGGCGUCGAACUGCCCAAGUUUUACAUGGAGAAGCACUGGCGCUCCGUCGUCUUCCUCCUCGUCCCCGUCAUGAUGUUCGGCUGGCUCAUCGUCAGCCUCUUCAUCUGGUGGAUGGUGCCCCAACUGAGCUGGCUCGAGUCCCUCGUCGUCGCCGCCUGCGUCACCGCCACCGACCCCGUCCUCGCCUCCUCCGUCGUCGGCAAGGGCAAGUUUGCCAAGCGCGUCCCCAAGCAUUUGCGAGACUUGCUGUCCGCCGAGUCCGGCUGCAACGACGGCAUGGCGUUCCCUUUCAUCUACCUGUCGCUGUAUCUCAUCCAGUACCAUGAGAGCGCAAGAGAUGUCAGCUUCCACUUUGUCGUCUACGUCAUCCUCUACGAAUGCAUCUUCGGCGCCGUCUACGGUUUCAUCCUCGGAUACAUUGCCCGCCACGGCAUCAAGCUUGCCGAGCAGCGCGACCUGAUUGAUCGCGAGAGCUUCCUCGUCUUCUACUUCGUCGUCGCUCUCUUCUGCGCCGGCUCGGGCAGCAUUCUCGGCUUGGACGACUUGCUUGUCGGUUUCGCCGCCGGCGUCGGCUUCUCCAACGACGGCUGGUUCGGCGAGAAGACGGAGGAGUCCCAUGUCUCCAACGUCAUCGACCUGCUUCUCAACUUGACCUACUUUGUCUACUUUGGCACAAUCAUCCCCUGGGAGCAGUACAACAACGAUGUCUUUGGCCUGAAGGCGUGGCGCCUCGUCGUCAUUGCCAUAUUCGUGCUUCUCUUCCGUCGCAUCCCCAUCAUGAUGGCCCUAAAACCCUUUAUACCCGACGUCAAAAACUGGCGUGAAGCGCUGUUUGCCGGUCAUUUUGGCCCCAUUGGUGUCGGCGCCAUCUUCGUCGCGAUUCUAGCUCGCGCCGAAUUGGAGCACGAAGAGCCAGUGCCGCUGUCCGAGCUCCCGCCUCCCGGCGUCGACCACUACUCGCUCAUCUACCUGGUCUGGCCGAUUGUCACCUUCCUCGUCAUCUCGUCUAUUCUUAUCCACGGCUCUUCCAUCGCCGUGUUCACGCUUGGCAAGCGAAUCAACACCCUCACGCUGACCAUGUCGUACACGGCCGCACCGGAGGACGGGCCGUCGUGGAUGAACAGACUGCCCCGUAUCUCUUCCCAGUCUCGCUCGCAGGCUAAGACCAUGUCCGAGGCCUCGUUCGAUGAUCCCAAGGAGCCCGACUUUCCGGCCGGUACGCUCGCGCCCCCCACCAACUUCUUGCGCCGGCAGCGUGACGAGGACAACUCUAGCCGAGCGGGUAGCAGAGCUUCGUCUUUGGUGUCGAGGAAACGCAAGCACAAGAGAUGGGACGACGGGAUCGGGCCCGGGGGCCCUGUUAGUCACUCUGCCAUCUUCCCCAACAGGCCAGCCGCUGCCACCGGUGACUUUGAGAAGGACCCGUCUCCCCCGGCCCGAGAGAACACCGACUCGACGACUCUCAACGGAGACAGCCCGAAGGAAAAGGCCAUCGAUAGAUCAGAUGACACAGAGGAAGUGCCCGAAAUGGAGAGAGAGUCUCGUCGACCUCGCCGCUCCCCACCGCACGUGGAAAUCUACGAUGAGGGCAACCAAAUGGUUUUCGAGAAUGAGGACGGAGAUGUGCUGGGCGUCGAGCGAACCGAUGGCGACGACAACGAGGAAGCAUCGCAUCCUGCAAACACGCUGAAGCCCGACGGUGAACCGUUUAGCUGGUCAUUCGGAGGCCUGCGACGCAAGAUGAGCGAGAUGUACACUUCGGAGAUGGAGAAGCGCAAGGACAAGGGCAAGGCCGAGCGGCGACACGAACCCGCUCGCGCCUAUCAAUUCGGCAACAUGAUUAUUGUCGAAGACGAGGAUGGUGAAGUCGUCAAGACGUACGAGCUUCCAUCCCAGAAGGCCGAGGGCCAGGAAGGCGGCGCCCUCAUCGGAGCCAGCCUCAAGUACCUGGGUCUCGGGGCAAAGGGCCGCCAGGCGGAUAGAGACCCCGAGUCGGCCGCCGAGGAGGGUCAGGCCGGCACGAGCAGUGCGCCGCCCAGCCGGCCGCCGUUCAAGACUGGUUGGUCGGGCUUCACCAGGGGCGGCGCGGAGCAGGCGCGGAGGAAGAGCGUGGCACAACAGCAGCAGGCCGACGACGACAAGAAGAUUCGAUUUACGAUUGGCGGUGUCGGCCAGCGCAUGACCAAAGAGGACUUCAUCAUGGAAGUGCAGAAGCUGGACGCGGGCACACGCAAGGAGGUCGUCGACCACUCCUCCGCAUCGACUGCCCUUAAGAGCCUCGCCAGGCAGGAUCCUCCCAGCAAGGCCGCCGGGCCGCCGUCCGCGCCCCCCAUUCCCGUGAUUCGCGAGCGCGGCAGCCAAAGCAGCAACGGCGAAGGCAGCAGCAAUGGCGAGAGCAGUCGCGCGGGCCGCGGGCGCUCCGAGUCCCUCUCCCCCGGCCGUCGACCGGCCCAACCGGCGAGCCGAUCGCCGACGUCGAAGGUUGAGCGCGCGACCGAGCAAGAGGAGACGGCCGUCGAGCGUAAGCGCAGGCUGGCCGUCCUCGCGAGCCAGACGGAGGGCAACGAGGAGGAAACGGGCGAGACACCAGCCGAGCGACGACGACGACAGGCCGCGCUGGGUAUGGCGCAUGGCGCGACGGCCGAGGACAGCGACAGCGACGACGAGGGCACGGAGCGCGUGCCACCCGCUAGGAGAGGCAUUAGGUUCGCCGAGCCGCAGCGCAGCGGCAAGCAUGACAAGCGUCGCCACUGA